AUGACAGUCUCCGAUCUCAAGAUCCAGGAGCCAAUCACGCUCCCAUGCGGCCUCACGCUCCCCAACCGGCUCUCCAAAGCCGCCAUGGCUGAAAACUGGGCAGACAACGAAUAUCUUCCCACUGAGAGUAUGCUCAAGAUUUACGAGACGUGGGCAGAGGGUGGAUGGGGAUCAGUCCUCACAGGCAACGUUCAAGUGGAUGUCAGAUAUCUCGGCAGCACCUGGGAUGUGAGCCCCGAUGAGAACAUUGAUAGGGAGAAGACUCUCGCGUCUUGGAAGAAAUGGGCAAAGGCGAGCUCCAAAAACGGCACUCCCGUCAUCAUGCAAAUCAACCAUCCAGGACGGCAAAGCCCUGGCGGUGCCGGCAAGAGGGGGUUUUUUGACAAGGCGAUUGCUCCCAGCGCGAUCCCGCUGCGUAUAGGGGAUGGAAUUGUCGCCAAGAUCGCCUCUGCAAUCAAGUUCGGCACACCAAAAGAGAUGACGGUUGAGGAUAUUCAGCAGGUCAUUGCGCAAUUCGUUGAGACUUCCAAACUGGCGGCCGAGGCAGGCUUCGCAGGCGUUGAACUCCACGGGGCUCACGGCUAUUUGCUGUCACAGUUUUUAAAUCCUUCGUCCAACCAUCGCCAGGAUGAGUUUGGCGGAUCACCCAAAGCACGAGCCAAGAUCAUUGUAGAUAUCAUCAAGGCUGUGAGAGAGGCUGUUCCAAAGAGCUUCUGUGUCGGCAUCAAGUUGAACAGCGCAGACUUUAGGAACAAGGAGCAGCUCGCGGCUUGUAUCGAGCAGCUGGAGGAAAUCACUGGCGCUGGCAUCGAUUUCCUUGAGAUCAGCGGUGGUUCAUAUGAAGACCCAGAGAUGAUCCAAGGGCCAAAGUCAGCCAGCACCCUGUCCCGCGAAGCUUUCUUCCUUGAUUUUGCAAAGGAGAUCCGUGGUAGAUUUAGAAGCGUUCCAUUAAUGGUAACAGGCGGCUUCCGCAGCCGUGAGGCCAUGGAGAGCGCACUUCGAGAAGACGCUUGCGAUAUCAUUGGCAUUGGCCGACCUGCCGUGCUUAACCCGUCCUUGCCCAAAAACUUGAUUUUCAACAAGGAGGUCAAGACUGAAGAUGCAAAGGCAUAUGCCAGAAAAGCGCCGGAUCUGCUGCUUCCUAAGCUGCUGGGCAUCAAGAUUAUGGCCGGAGGAGCUGAGACGAAUCCCAAUAAUUUGGGCGAGCAGUCUACCGACAAUGGCGUUGUCCCAAACCUCAAAUGGAGCUUCUCCGACUCCAGAACGCGCAUCUUGAAAGGCGGUUGGGUUCGAGAGCAAGUCGUCACCGAUCUUCCCUCAAGUCCAGAUGUUUCAGGCGCUCAAUUUCAUCUGGAGAAGGGAGCUAUUCGAGAGCUUCACUGGCAUCGAGUGGCCGAAUGGGGCUUCGUCUAUGCCGGUCACGUAACUGUGUCGGCCGUCAACGAGAACGGCGGGUACGAGGGUGCAGAACUCGGCUACGGCGACAUAUGGUACUUCCCCAAGGGAGUUGCACACUCAGUACAGGGCCUUGACACCGAGAAUGAGUUUCUCCUGGUUUUUGACGACGGCGAUUUUGACAAGAUUGGCACCACUUUCCACGUUGACGACUGGAUCGCUCAUACCCCUCGCUCAGUUCUCGCAAAGAACUUUGGCGUUGACGAAUCCGUCUUCGAUUCUAUCCCUCCCGCCGAUCCGUACAUCAUCAACGGGACGAUUAGCACACACAAUGUCACAGGAGCUUCCCCUCCGCUCUCUGGCGACAGCUCUUUCGUCUAUCGAACGCUGCAGCACGCUCCUGAGAAGAUUGGUGGAAGCGGCGGGGAGCUCCACAAGAUUGACUCGACCAACUUUCCAAUUAGCAAGACGAUAGCUGCAGCAUUGGUAACGUUGAAGCCCGGUGCUUUACGAGAGCUGCACUGGCAUCCAAACGCCGCGGAAUGGCUCUACUUCCACAAAGGCACCGCCCAAGCCACCGUCUUCAUCGGCAACGCCGCCGCCCGCACAUUCAACUUCCGCGCCGGCGACACGGCAGCGUUCCCGGACAACUCGGGGCACUACAUCGAAAACACGUCAGACACGGAGGACCUCGUCUGGAUCGAGAUAUACAAGUCGGACCGCGUGGCCGAUAUUUCACUUACCCAGUGGCUCGCACUGACGCCGCCGGAUAUUGUUGCGCAGACGCUAAAGGUGCCGUUGGAGUUUGUAGAGAAGUUGAAGAAGGAGAAGCAGGUGUUGGUUCAGUAA